AUGUUGAGGUUGCAAGCAUUUUCCAUUGCCGACUACAGACAUGUUACCUUUCCGUCCUCGCGUGUCAUUCCUAAUUCAGUCCAUCUUCAUCGUAGUUUUCCAACCACACGAAUGCGUCUCCGGUUACUCCCCAUCGUCAGGAUAUGCUGCUCCUUUAACUGCGAUUUCGGAGGUGGCAUAGGAAUGAGUGAUUUUUAUGAUGUUGAGCUUAAAGUCCGCGACUAUGAGCUUGAUCAGUAUGGCGUCGUGAACAAUGCUGUCUAUGCAAAUUAUUGUCAGCACGGUGUUCAUGAACUUCUUAGAAGGGUUGGCAUGAGUGCUGAUGUACUUGCCAGAGCCGGUGAAGCAUUUGCGCUGUCAGAAUUAUCUCUGAUCAUUGCACCUCUAAAAAGUGGAGACAAGUUUGUCAUAAAAAUCAGGAUGACCAACUCCUCAGCAGCUCGCGUCUACUUUGAUCACUUCGUUUUCAAGCUGCCAAAUCUAGAGCAAACAUUGGAAGCAAAGGCCACAGCAGUGUGCCUUGAUAGAGACUAUCGCCCUGUCCGUGCUCCAUCGGAGAUGACAUGUAAAUUUCUCCAUUUUCGUCGCCAUAAGGAGUUUAAUAGUGUCGUGUAG